UAUAUUCAAUGAUUUCUCUGCAUUUUUACUAGACUUUUCAAUAGGAAAUCACAUUUUUAUUGAGAAUUGAAUCAUUUGUGAUGUUCUUCACCUCAAUUCGGGGGAUUUUGGAGGAGGGAAAGGAAGAUUUGUGCAGUCGGUGAGACAUCUUGACUGGUUCGUUGUGUGCUGUCAAAACAGAAUACAAAUAUUUACCUGUGUAUCUGCGGAUGCUUGUUUUCUGUUUAUUAGCAAAUAAGUGAUAGAAUAAUCAUUUAGUGGAGCAGAAAAUCAAAGAGAUUUGUGUGAUUGUGAGAUUUCCGACGCGAUAAGAGAUCAUCUCAAAAGUCCACCAGUCAUUGCGGGAGUGGCUUCGCAGAAUGGCGCUGAAAUGGGGCAUCGUGACCACCGGAUUCAUUGCUCACGACUUCGUGAAUGCCGUGUCAACGCUGCCGGCGGAUGAUCACGAAGUUGUGGCCGUCGCGGCACGAGACAAGAGCAAAGCCGAGGAGUUCGCCGCCACUCAUGGCAUCCCGAGGGCAUAUGGAGGUUACGAGGCGAUUGCGAAAGAUCCGGAAGUGGAGGCCGUUUACGUGGCAGCCCUGAAUCCGGCUCACUAUGAGAUCUCGAUGAUGAUGCUGGAGCACGGGAAGCACGUGCUGUGCGAGAAGCCGCUGUGCAUGAACGAGCGAGAGGCCAGGAAACUUAUCACCUUUGCAGAGUCGAAGAAGCUCUUCCUCAUGGAAGCCAUCUGGUCGCGCUUCUUCCCCAGCUAUCAGUACUUGAAGCGCCAGAUAGAUUCCGGCACUCUGGGUGAGAUUCAGGAAGUCAACGUGACUUUUGGCUUCCACAUCCCCUCCGAGAGGGUGCAGCUGAAGAAGCUGGGCGGCGGAACAGUGCUGGAUCUGGGCGUGUACACCAUCCAGGUGAGCCAGUGGGCGUUCAGAGAGCCUCCCAAGGAGAUCAAGGCCACGGGCGAGCUGAACGCGGACGGAGUGGACAUCGGUGUGAAGGCAGAGCUGAUCUACAGCCGCGGAGUGGCCAGAAUUCAGACGAGUGCCUCGACAAAGCUGAAGAAUGAGGCGGUGAUCGUGGGAACUAAGGGCCAAAUCACGCUGAACGACACCUUCUGGUGCCCGAUUUCGCUCACGGACAUCGACGGCAGCGUGAAGACUUGGCCUCUGCCGCCGGGUCGCCAUCCGCACUUCAACUUCCCCAACAGCUGCGGCUUGCGCUAUGAGGCCGAGGAGGUGAGGAAGUGCAUCAGAGGCGGCCUUCUGCAGAGCGACGUUGUGUCCCACAACGAAAGUCUGGUCAUUGCUAAGAUUCAGGACGAGAUUCGCCGCCAAAUUGGCGUGAAAUACGAUGCAGAUGAUCAGUGAAAGCCUUCAAGUGUCUUCCUUUUCCAACAACUUGGUGCUGAACACAUGCUGAAUUUCAACAAAUAAAGCGAAACACUUUUUUUUGCACAGAAAUGAAUAAAAGAGCGUUUUUUAAG